UUAAAUAUUUAGCAUAUAAUUUUUGUUUUUGUUUAAUUUUUCACAGAUGGGAUCCGGGAAUUGUUGGUGAGGUUGGGCAAGGAAUUGAAUUUCAUCAUGGAAAGAAUAAGGGAAUCUUGAGGAGGGGAUCUUUAUCAAAUCUUCAGGGUUCUGAUGUGGGUCUGGGCGAACGGAUUCAAGGGGUUUUAAGGAAAUUAGGGAUAUGUGCGAGCUGGAUCUGGAUAUUACUAAUCAACACGAUGGAAUCGUAUGAUUAUACAGGGUCAGUUGCUGGGCAACAGUGGGGAUGUGAGGGAUGGAGAAGGCACGCGGAAAAGGAUGAAGAUUUCAGUGCCGCACUUUGACAACUCGGCUCUCAUCAAAACCUAUUACAAAACCUUGAUUGGCAGAUGCAUGAAUCCUCCAGAACAGGAAAUGAAGGCAUUGAUACAUAAUAUUCCAAAAAUAUGGAAACUGGAGGAUCGAGUGGUGGGGACAGAUUUGGGUUUUGGCAAAUUUCAGUUCGAUUUUGAGACAGAGGAAGAAAUUGAAACGGUGUUGAAACUGCAACCCUAUCACUUCGACUACUGGAUGCUUGCUCUGGCACGUUGGCAACUGAAGAAGACACAGCUCUUCCCAUCAGAAAUAACCUUUUGGGUUCGCGUUCUUGGCGUGCCGAUGGAGUUUAAGACGUCCCCUACCUUUGAAAGUAUUGGAGAUGCGCUUGGACGAACGGUCUCUGUGGACUUGGAUAAUUCUAGAGUCCAAGUGGUGGUGGAUGCUUUCCAACAAUUAUGUUUCGAGACCACAGUGGAUUUUAAAGGUGGAGAGUUUUAUGAGGGUGAGGAAGUUGCGAUAUCCUUGAGGUAUGAGAAGCUCUUUGGAUUCUGUCCAAUUUGUUCAAGCUUGUGCCAUAAGGAGGAGAAGUGCCCCCUUGCUAAGCCGGAGGUGAAGAUGAGUCCUGCGAGAAAGAGGGAGACGGGUGAGGGUAAUGGUGGAUGGUUUGAAGUCGGGAAGCAUGAUGAUAGAGCUAGGAGUUACAAAGGAGUGGUUAUUAAUGGAAAUCAGGGCCAUCAGCAUAGAGAGAGAGAUAACAGGGAUUACUAUGGAAAUGGAAAAGGCAAGGUUGUCGAAGAGAAUGAUUCUAAAUGGGUGAAGGUGGCCGAGAAAGGGAAUAAAGGAGCUCACAAUCGUGGAAACUAUAGAGGAGAUGGCGAUGGUUCUCGUCAGAGGAGUUCACGAAGAGAAGAAUCAAGGAUGACUGGUCAAGAUGGACGCUCGAAGGCGGCUGUAGGACACACAGGAGAUCAACGGUCUCAGCGUGGCUCACGUGUAGAGGCACAGGAGGAGGAUGCGAUAACGAAUGCUGAGGGGACUGAUAAGCAUUUACCUUCCCAAAAUUUUCAAGAGGAAUUGGCUCGAACUCAAGCGGCAGGAACAGAGGUUGUUUCGGACCCUAUGGAUGCGGAAAAUGGGCUCCAAGUGGUUCAGAGUUUGGUAGAAAACACUACUGCUCUGGAAGAGGACAGGGUAAAUGGAUAUGGAUGAGAUAAAAGCGGUUUUUCUUGAGCAUGGUAUCGACAUGGAUGCAGCAGAUGAUCUUCAGGAUGUUUCUGAUGGGGAAUUUGAGAAAGCAGUAUUGGAGUUAGAACAAGAGAAUGGUGAAAAUGUUCACGUAGAGGAAGAAUUGGCCACUGGUGACGAGGAGAAACUGACGGAGGAUGGAGAACUGGCGAAGAGACAAGGGACUCGUAAGAGGCUGUUCAAGACAACGAUAGGCACAGCUGCAAGUACUAAGCUGAGGAGUGCAAGUGCGAUGGUGUCUCCACGUAAAUGAGGUGCAAGCAAACCAGGAGCACGCCAUGGAGAAAUGGGUAAGCAAAUGGAGAUUAAGGGUACCUCAAACCCUAAGACGGGACCUCAGAAACCGUGAUUUUUAUGGAUCAAAUCUUCGAGUUAGAUUCGAGCAAGCAGGGCUUGACUUUUGUUUUCGGUUUUUACGUUUUCAUAAUCAGUUCUUUGAGUUUUUCGGUUUCAGUGUUGUUUGGAAAUAAGGGUAUUGCGGUUGUAGUGUGUUCCUUAUCCUUAUGGUUUUCAGUUAUGGUUAAUCAAUGGAAUAAUAUUUCUGUUUUGAUUCGAUGGCAAUUUGGUCUCUUGGAUUUAAAGGGUUUGGCACUAAUUUGGAUAUUUAUAUGUAUGGGAUGUUGGAAUGGGUUCGCAGAGAUGUUAAUGGGGAAACUAGCUCUCUGGUUGGUCUCAUUAAACCAAUCACAGAGAGCGGAUUUGCACAUAGAGAUCGUGUGUACGAUGGGUGGCAAAAUGGAGACGGGCGCUGUUAGGAGCUUCAUAGGUCAUAGUGUGAUCGAGAGGUUAACUAGAACUUUCAUUUUGAUAUUCUAUGUUCACGACCAUCAAAACUCAAGGAGCGGAGGUUGUUGGGAUGGGUUAUAUGGAUGGAGAAGGAAAGAAAGAUCAUGGUUUUCGAUUAUAGUAAGAAUUGUAGAUGAUUUGAGUGGUGGAAUUGGUUUGUAUGUGAUUAUAUCGAUGGAGCUUUGGUGGUAUAUAGGAAACGUGUUUACCUUUAUCGUUUGUAAUUCCAUAAUAUUGUGCAAACUUUUGGCAGGGUAUAAUAUAGAGAUUGUUUUAUUACUAAGGUUAUGUUUAGGGAUACAGAUUAAUUUGGAAUGGAGGUCAUGUGAGGUUACUGUACUGAUCAGUGCAAAGAUUGGUCUGGUUUUCAUCAUAUUGAUAGAAGCAAGGGCUCAGUUUUUUCUAUUGUUACAGGUUCGUUUAGUUUCUGUGUCUUUUGUAAAGGAAAAAAGUGGUAGGUAUGAGAAGAAUGUAUGGUCAAAAUUAUGUUGGAGCUCAAGGGAAUGGAUUGUGGAAUUAGGGUAUCAUUACACCCGUCGAUCUUGCUCUUCGGGGCAAAUGAAGAACAAAUUUUUUAAAUGCGAAUAUUAAGUUGGAAUUGCCAAGGAAUGGGUAGUAAG